AAGUGAAGAUCUUUGUGUGUUUUGCAGAGUGUUUUCUUUUUGCUGGAACUGUGAAGCAAAGAUUUGAAGGAAAAAGGACAGAGGAAGAGGAAGCAGGAAAUUUGUGUUCUUGGAGUGUCCCUUGGUGAUGAUUGGUCACAAGAUGUGUGGACUAUAUAUGAAGAUUUUGUUUGUAUUUGCAGUUUUUGCUGUUCAAAAUUGCCAGGGGUUUACUGAUCCUCGUGAUGUAUUUGCCAUAAAUAGUUUAUAUACUAGUCUGGGCUACCCCUUGCUUCCUGGAUGGGUGCCAUAUGGAUUAGACCCUUGUGGUGAUCUAUGGCAUGGUGUACUCUGUGUCAAUUCCAAUGUAACUGGAAUAGUACUAAAUGAUUCAAAUUUGGGAGGUGAAUUAAGUGAGGGCAUAGGAAGCUUUGCUUCAAUCAUACAAAUAGAUCUCAGCAACAACCAUAUUGGAGGCAGUAUACCAUCCAAUUUGCCUGUCACCCUCAAAACCUUGUCUCUCUCUGGUAACCAGCUUACUGGGAGCAUUCCAGACAACAUAUCCUCGUUAGGGCAAUUAACAGACUUGUCGUUGAACAACAAUCAUCUCAAUGGAGUCAUUCCAGAUGCCUUUCUGCAACUUAAGACUUUGAUUAACAUGGACUUAUCUGGGAACAGUUUAAGUGGUCAGCUGCCUCCUUCAGUGGGGACUUUGUCGUCACUUACUACCUUACACUUACAGAACAACCAGCUUUCUGGGAUCCUUGACGUUUUGCAAGAUCUUGCUCUAACGGAUUUAAACAUAGAGAAUAAUUUGUUCUCUGGGCCUAUACCGCCAAAAUUGUUGAGCAUCCCGACCUUCAGACGUACAGGGAAUCCUUUUAAUACUACUAUCAUCCCUUCACCACCCAUGAUAUCACCUUCUCCAGCACCAUUUGCGCUUUCUCCAGAUUUAGCCCCUUCACUGCCAUAUAUUGUACCGCCAGGACAGGAAUUACAGCCCUCUGGAAGGCAAAAGAGUAGUAAUUCAACCAAACAUGUCAAAUUGAUUGCUAUAGCCGGAUUAGUAUCCCUUGUCAUACUUGGAUUGGGUGUUUGCCUAUUGAUGUCACAAUUCUGCAAAAGAAGAAGAGAGACCCAAAAAGAAACCAAGAGACAUGAAACAUAUGAUCAUAGUUUGCCCAAGGCCAAGGGUAACCCUAAGCAUGAUCAAUCCCUGCAAAAACCAUAUUAUGAUGCUGAAAAAGAAGCAGGUUUGAGGCCAGUGGCUGGAAAUGGGAAAGCUCAGGGUAGGAACAUGUCAAUGAAUACUUCAGAGGCUGUGCAGCAGAAAGACGUGAAGAGCACUAUAUCAUAUACAGGCGAUGAGCUGGACUCGGAGAUGGAGUCAAUGAUAUCGGAUGUUCUUCCACCACCGCCACCACCUUUUCUUCAAACUCUUUCUGCUGAGAGGAUGGUUGUAAAUCCAAUUGUUCCCCCAAUUACCUCAGGCAAGCAUGCUAUGAAGAAUGUAAACUCUGCAGAGUUCUUCACCAUUGCCUUUCUUCAGCAAUAUACAAAUAGCUUUUCUCAAGAUAAUCUUAUUGGAGGAGGCAUGCUUGGAACAGUCUACAGAGCUGAGUCUCCCAAAAAACUAUUGGCGGUCAAGAAACUAGACACUGCUAUGACCAAGCGUCAAAGUGAUCAAGAAUUUGUUGAAAUGGUUUCCAAUAUCUCUAAACUUCAGCAUGAAAACAUUGUCAAACUUGUGGGUUACUGUUCAGAGCAUGGACAACGGUUGCUUGUCUACGAGUAUUGUAGAAAUGGUACCCUCCACGAAGCAUUGCACUUAGAUGAUCAGAUCCACAGAAAACUUUCCUGGAGUACACGUGUCCGCAUUGCACUUCAAGCAGCAAGAGCAUUAGAGUAUUUGCAUGAAGUUUGUCAACCACCUAUUGUCCACCUGAACUUCAAGUCCACUAAUGUUCUCCUUGAUGAUGAACUUGCUGUACAUAUGUCAGAUUGUGGUUUGGCACCUCUGAUGUCAUCUGAUUCCAUAAGACAGUUGCAAGGAUCCGGCUAUGGUGCUCCUGAACUUGAAUUGGGAAACUAUACUUGUCAGAGUGAUGUUUAUAGCUUUGGAGUUGUUAUGCUAGAACUUCUCACAGGAAGACAAUCUUACGACAGGUCCCGGCCUAGAGGGGAGCAGUUACUGGUUCGAUGGGCUAUUCCACGGCUGCAUGAUAUAGAUGCAUUAUCAAGAAUGGUUGAUCCUUCCCUAAAUGGUUGUUAUCCAUCCAAGUCUUUGUCUCGGUUUGCUGACAUAAUUUCCUUGUGUAUUCAGUCGGAACCUGAAUUCAGGCCACCAAUGUCCGAAAUCGUGCAAAAUCUUCUGCAGAUGAUCUAAAGAUAUCAUCAAGACUGAGUCUUUUAGCAUAGAUGGCAAGGAUUCAAGGAGAAAUCUUUACACAACAUUUUCAUUAAGCUCAAAUAUUGUGUGCUAACAUGAGUAAUGUAAUCUAUUGUAAUGUAAAUAGCAUUAUUAUGUUUUGCAACAUUUUCAUGUGUGAUUCUUUUUGGCAUAUCUGUGAGAAAGCAUUCUUUUAGUGU